AUGGCUGCUCCGAACGGCUAUGGACCGCCUCCAGGCUAUGACGAUGAUACGCCAAACUCCACUCCAAAUCAUGCUGCCACCAUGCGACUCUUAACUAAUACAGAUGACAACAACCCAUACCGAGCGCCGGCGAGUCCUUCGCAGCGAUCAUACCACCCGCAUUUACAUUCUCCCACUCGGCCUCUUUCAAGAGAGGCAUCUGUUCUGGACAAUGUCCCAGGCAUGCCACCGCCACCCUCUGACUUCGAUCCGUAUCGACCGGUAUCAAGACAGUCUGGAAGCCCAUCUAAGACUUUCACGCCAAGAGGCAGCAGAGAUUACGCACGUCCACCAGCCACGAACAUCCCGUACGAGCCAGCCGACAUCAAUGGCAUACCGAGACCCGGUACGCCUUCCUCACAGUAUGGAGGCUCGCCAAAGAGACCGUUGCCACCUGCACCUCUCUUUGCAGGUGGUCGACCACCAUCUAUCAACACGGAAGGUAAAGAGCCUGAGUUGACAUCUAUUCCCAUUGAGGAUGGCAACGACGACGUCUUCGCUCCUAGUAUACAUGAUACGGAUCCGCAGAGACCACGGCCAGUAUCCCGAGACACGUUCCAGUCAGGGUCGACAUUAAGCGGUGAUAGCGAUGACAUGUACGACAAGGAGCAUGAUCCUGACCUGUACGGUCCGGCUCCAGCAGGCAAGCAAGAGCGACGAGGCGCACGACAAGCACAGAUGACCAAGAAGGAAGUUAAGCUCAUCAACGGCGAGCUAAUUCUGGAGUGCAAGAUCCCGACCAUUCUCUACUCAUUCCUACCGAGAAGAGAUGAUGUCGAGUUCACCCACAUGCGCUACACAGCUGUCACUUGCGAUCCAGACGACUUUGUGGACAGAGGGUACAAAUUGCGACAGAAUAUUGGUUUCACUCAUCGCGAGACUGAGCUCUUCAUCUGCGUCACCAUGUACAACGAGAACGAAAUCGACUUCACUCGAACGAUGCACGGAGUUAUGCGCAACCUGUCACAUUUCUGCAGCCGUGCCAAAUCGAGAACCUGGGGCAAAGACGGUUGGCAGAAGAUUGUCGUCUGCAUCAUUGCUGAUGGUCGAGGAAAGGUGCAUCCGCGGACGCUUGACGCUCUCGCAGCGAUGGGAUGCUAUCAAUCUGGAAUUGCCAAGAACUUGGUCAAUCAGAGAGAAGUCACCGCACACGUAUACGAAUAUACGACACAAGUCUCUCUUGAUGCAGAUCUCAAAUUCAAGGGUGCAGAGAAGGGUAUCGUGCCUUGUCAGGUCAUCUUCUGCAUGAAGGAAAAGAACGCGAAGAAGCUGAACAGUCACCGUUGGUUCUUCAAUGCUUUCGGCAGAGCUCUGAAUCCGAACGUCUGCAUUCUGCUUGACGUUGGAACCAAGCCGGGUGACGAUUCACUUUACCAUUUGUGGAAGGCUUUCGAUCGAGACUCGAACGUUGCAGGUGCAGCUGGAGAAAUCAAGGCCGCAAAGGGCAAGGCCUGGAGUGGACUCUUAAACCCACUUGUCGCAUCUCAGAAUUUUGAGUACAAAAUGUCGAACAUCCUGGACAAGCCGCUCGAAUCCGUCUUUGGCUACAUCACCGUGUUGCCUGGUGCACUAUCAGCCUACCGGUAUCAUGCACUGCAAAACGACGAGACUGGUCAUGGCCCGCUUAGUCAGUACUUCAAAGGCGAGACCCUUCAUGGCCAAGAUGCAGAUGUCUUUACCGCCAACAUGUAUCUGGCAGAGGACCGUAUCCUCUGUUGGGAGCUGGUAGCCAAGCGAAGCGAUCGAUGGGUCUUGAAGUACGUCCGUCAAGCCACUGGAGAAACAGAUGUGCCAGACGCAGUACCCGAGUUCAUCUCACAACGUCGAAGAUGGCUGAAUGGUGCAUUCUUCGCCGCUGUCUACUCGCUUCUGCACUUCAAGCAAGUCUGGAAGACCGACCACACCAUCGCUCGAAAGAUACUCCUCCACGUGGAGUUUGUCUACCAAUUCGUGCAGCUACUCUUCACCUUCUUCUCGCUCGGCAACUUCUACCUGACCUUCUACUUCAUCGCCGGCUCACUUGCCGACAAGAAAGUCGAUCCCUUCGGCCACGGCAUCGGCAACUUCAUCUUCAUCAUCCUCCGCUACACCUGCGUCAUCACGAUCAUGGUCCAAUUCAUUCUCUCCAUGGGCAACCGACCGCAAGGCGCGAAGAAAAUGUUCUUAGCCUCCCUCAUCGUCUUCUCGGUAAUCAUGGUCUACAACACCUUCGCAGCAAUCUACAUCGUCGCCCGCCAACUCUCCGACAGGGCAGACGUGAAUUUCGGUAACAACGUCUUCACAAACCUCAUCGUAUCCACCUUGUCCACUGUCGGCCUCUACUUCCUCAUGAGCUUCAUGUACCUCGAUCCAUGGCACAUGUUCACCUCUUCGGCUCAAUACUUCGCCCUGCUUCCCUCAUACAUCUGUACUCUCCAAGUCUUCGCUUUCUGCAACGCCCACGACGUCACAUGGGGAACCAAAGGCGACAACGUCAUCAAAAAAGACCUCGGAGUCGCCACUACCAACAAAAAUGGCACUGUCGAGUUAGACAUGCCUUCCGAACAACUCGACAUCGAUUCAGGAUACGACGAAGCUCUCCGCAAUCUCCGUGAUCGUGUCGAAGUCCCUAAACCCGGGAUUUCGGAAUCUCAGUUGCAGGAAGAUUACUACCGUGGUGUGAGAACUUACGUCGUCAUCGUUUGGAUGACCUGUAACGCCAUUCUCGCUAUGGGUGUCAGUGAGAUUUAUGGGAAUACCGACGUCGGACAGAACUACUACCUCAAAUUCAUCCUGUGGAGUGUCGCUUGUUUGGCUCUCUUCCGAGCUUGUGGAUCUUCGGCUUUCCUGGUCAUCAAUGUUAUCCAUUCGAUUGCGAAUGGGAAGUUGAAGUGGAAGAGUCGGAGUUCGAAGGGUAGCAGCUCUACGGGUGGGAGUAGCAAGUUCGGGGGUAGGAGUGUUGGGGUUUGGAGUAGUAGGUUGAGUAUGCCCGGUUGGAUGAGUAGUUCGGGAAGUUGGGUUAGUAGUAAGGUUAGUUCUUGGACGCCGAGUAGUAUUGGGAGUACACUUGGACGAUGA